UUUUGUAUUUUAUGAUAUAUCUAUUAAUGUGUUUGAAGAUGAUUGUUAUGUAUUUGGAAGGAUGGAGUUUGUAUGUAUAAAUAGAUAGAAGGGUAGGGUUUGUGAAAGAGUAAUGAAAUUGGAAGAAAAUGGGGAGAGCUCCAUGCUGUGAGAAAGUGGGACUUAAGAGAGGGCCAUGGAGCUUUGAAGAAGAUCAAAUUCUCAUCAAAUUCAUUCAACUCAAUGGCCAUUCUAAUUGGAGAGCACUUCCCAAAAAAGCUGGUUUAUUAAGGUGUGGAAAAAGCUGUAGACUUAGAUGGACAAAUUAUCUAAGGCCAGACAUUAAAAGAGGAGAUUUCACUCAUGAAGAAGAACAAACUAUUAUCAAUUUGCAUCACUUAUUGGGAAACAGAUGGGCUGCUAUUGCUGCAAGAUUACCAGGAAGAACAGAUAAUGAGAUAAAAAAUGUUUGGCACACUCACUUAAAGAAGAGAGUGACGAACCAAAACGAAACUCUAAAAGAUCAAACUAAACAAAACAAGAAUGAUGACAAUAAUUUAUAUGAUCAACCAUUUUGUUCGUCAAAAAUCAAAUUGGAUAUCGGAGAGGAAGAUAUCGAUCGAUGUACUAAGAACAAUAACGAUGACAAAGAUACCGAGCUUGUGGAACUUGCUCUUGCCGAAGAUUUUUUGAAUAGUUUAUUAUCAGAUGAAGAGUUUUUCGAGAACGAUUGGAAUAAUUUAGGGAAGGAUUGUGCAAUGGUAAAAGAUGUUGAUGAAUCACCAAAAGAAGUUGAAAUUCCUUUGAGUGGGGAAGAAAUGAGCAAUUGUAGUUCUUCAGAUACAGUUGAUAUCAUGGAUUUUUGGAGAAAUGUUUUUAUGAAUGAUGGAGAGUUACAAGAAAUCAAUAUAUAAUAUGAACAUAAUUUUUGGGAUUUUAAUGAUCCGUUAAUCUAUUUUAUAUCAAAGAAAAUAAUUUGUACUAUUGUGAAGAAAAAAUAGCUUAAAAUUUGUUCAAUAAUAAAGAAGCAACAUAUGGUUUUUUUGUUUGUUUUAAUA